UCAAAAGCCGCCCCUGUUUGCAGUAUGGACAGAGUUCUUCACCUCACUAACCAGUGCACCAUAUCCUGGAGAUCUGCAGCAUACUGAUGCUGUACAGGACAAUGUUUCAGCAUAAUUGCCGCUUCGCCGACAUUCAUUUGGAUUGAUAUGAUACCGAGAGGAAGCUGGUUACGCCAGUACUUGCACACAUUGUGUUUUCUUACGUCCUGUACAGCAGAUUUAUGCAGCUGGAGAGGAAGUGGUCUGGUGGGCUCGCCUCUCUCGGGGUCAGUGCAGCAGGUGCGGCUUCGCUGUUCCGCAGGUUCGGUCACGUGGUUUUCCCCGCGCCACGCUCUGCGGAUCGUGCUGCAGGCGAACGUGUGGAGCGCGCGCCAUGCCGCCGUGUGCGUUAAAGCGCUGCGGGGUUCUCGCGGUGCCGCGAUGUACGUGGAGCGAGCGGCGAGCCUGGACCUCCUGCUGCAGGAUGGGGAGUCUCCGGAGCAGGUACGCUGCUUCCGCGCGCACAAAGCACAGAGUACCGCCAUCUUCCUUCAGGCCAGCCCGCAGAGUCGCGCGGGUCCGAGUGUCGUCGGGUUCCGGUAUGAGCUGCUGCGCGAAAAUAGCAACGUUACAGAGGUUCAAACAAGCACAAUGCAAGCUGCUUGUCGGCCCUGCAAUGACUUGGAAAUACUGAAAGCCAUCUGCAACAGUGACUUUGUGGUCCAUGGAUCCAUACGGAAUGUGUCCCAUGAUUCUGAGCGGCAGACCUCUGUGAUAGAGGUGCAGAAAGGCAGGGUGUAUCGGCAACGGAGCGGAGUGUUUGAGAGAGAGCCAGACCUCUCAGGCUCCUGGCAUGGGCACAUCCACACACUUCUGCAGUGCGGUGUUAAAGCAGGAGCUGGUCAGUUUCUCUUCACCGGAGCUGAACUCUUUGGGGAGGCUUGGCUUGGCUGUGCUCCUCGAUUUACAGACUUCCAGAAUCUCUAUCAUUCAGCCAAGAGGGUGCAUCUGAUGCCAUGUGAUAUUUCCAUAGACUGAGGAGAAGAUUCUUAAGAUUUUCUGUAAUAAUAAUGUAGUAACUGUUCAAAGCCAUUUGAGGAGAAAUUGACACUUGAAGCAGA